CAGACGGCAAGAGACAGACUCCAGUCGGAAACCGUGGCUUCGCCUAUAAGUUGUGUAUUUUCAGAGUCUUUACCUUUGCUUAGUGAAUACUAACCGUUCUUCAAAAUACAGGUUAGGAAGGAGCAGAGCAGGUAGAGAGAAGUGGGGGUGUGGGGGUGUGGGGGUGUGGGGCCGCGGGAGGUGGAGUGACAGCUCCAACACCUCCACACCUGGGCUUGGAGAAAACAGUGAACUGCCUCCUCAUUCCCAGUGGAAGCAGCCCCCAUCUCUUGAGUUUCUGGGUCUGCUGGCAGGAGGAGGUUGGACACCUGCAUCUGGUCUCCUCUUUACUCCUACCUAUGCCUGCCUAGGUCCCCUCCACUUACACAGAAUCCGGGGAGGGGGCAGGGCUGUAACUGGACAGUAGGAUAAGCUCUGGAUUCAGAGCCCCUCUGGCAGGCCCGGAGGGAGACCCCUGCUUGGCCGAGCCUGCCCACCUUCUGCCUCUGGUGCCCCAGCGUGAGCCACCAGCUGCUUUGAUGCCAGCUUGCUCUGACUUUUCAAUGCUCCUUGGGGUGGGGGCUGGGCACAGAGGCAAUUUCUAGAGGGAGGAUGGGUAGGGGUGAUUCCGUCCAUGCAGUAGAAGGGCAAAGAGGCCCACAGGCGGUUGUACGGCCAGGCUGGAUCCCGGCUCCCCUGAAGCCCUCCGACUCCAGAUACAUUACUUGGUGUACCGUCUGCACUGGCCCGGGACAGGGAGGUAUGCAGUUGUGAUUCAGACCUGGGAACCCCUGUGGGGGAGGAGCCUUUAAGGUUUGGCACAAGAAAGAAAGAGGAGCUGACCUGCAGGAGGUUGAGUGGCUGAGUCCGGCAGGUAUUGCUGGUGAGAGCGAGGUUUGCUGAGGGCCGGGAGCAGGUGUGGCUGGAGCUCUGGGGUGUAGACAGGUCACCCAGUUUGCAUAGAGAGGGGGACUGCAGUGGACAAGCCUAGAGCCCAGGGAGGAGGCUAGAGUGUGUGAUGCGUGGAUGGAGUUGGCUGGGGCUGGGGUGGAUUACAGCUGCAGUGAAUCACCCUCCUCCCAAGUCCAAGCUGAGAUGCUACUUGACCCAGGUUCCAAGGUGGGGCGAGUGGACACAGGAAGGGGGGACCUCUGGCAGGCUCAGCGUGUAUGAUCCGCUGACCAGCAGAGUAGCCUCGUCUUCUCUGAUGCCCCACCUGGAUGGAGGCCUCAGAAAGUUGGUGCCUGGACAUUGGGGUAGGGGGUGGGCAGAGACCUCAGAGGGCUCAGAGUUCUCCCCACCUGCCUCACUGGUCUCUCCCACAGGCCAGCACUACAGCGAUGACUUUGCCCAGGUGAACCCCCUGAGGAAGGUGCCCGCCUUGAAGGAUGGGGACUUCACCUUGGCCGAGAGUGUGGCCAUCCUGCUGUAUCUGACCCGCAAGUAUGAGACCCCUGACCACUGGUACCCCCAGGACCUGCAGGCCCGAGCCCGUGUGGAUGAGUACCUGGCGUGGCAGCACACGGCCCUGCGAACAAGCUGCACCCGGACCAUGUGGCAGAAGAUGUUGUUGCCUGUGUUCCUGGGCCAACGGGUGCCCCCUGAGACACUGGCAUCUACUCUGGCUGAGCUGGACAGAUGCCUGCAGCUGCUUGAGGACAAGUUCCUGAAGGACCAGGACUUCCUGUCUGGGCCUCACAUCUCAGUGGCAGACUUGGUGGCCAUCACAGAGCUGAUGCAUCCUGUCAGUGCCGGCUGUGACAUUUUCAAAAACCGGCCUAAGUUGGCUGCGUGGCGCAAGCGGGUGGAAGCUGCGGUGGGGGAGGACCUCUUCCAGGAGGCCCACGCGGUCAUCAUGAAGGCUAAGGACCUGCCUCCAGCCGACACUGCCAUGAAGGAGAGGCUGAAGCCCCUGGCGCAGCUUUUGUUGCAGUGAGUACCGGGUGGGCCUGCAGAGCCACCAUCGACGGAGCUCUGUCCUCAGAAUAAAGAAAUGGCACUGCCUCCCCUCGGCUGUGAGCGAGACACCUUCGCAGCAUCCGGUCCACAGUGCCUUCCACACGCCAGUCCUUUGUUCCUUCUGUCUGCCUGCCAACUUCACCCUUACCCCUUGCACGCUGACUUCCAUGUAACCUCUGGAAAUAGCUUUAGUAAACACAGAUGUGACCCUGACCCCUCGGCCCUCUCCUGUUUGAAACUUACCCUGGUGCAUCACUGCCCUGAGGCUAAAGGACAAAGGACGAGUCACUGAACUUUACAUUUGAGGCCUUGCCCCCGUCCCUCCAGGGCACCCGCUCUGGUUUCCCCCAGUAGCCCACCAUUUUCCUGGCUCUGCCCCCCCACCCCAGCACCAACUCCCAGCUUCCUCCUUGGCCUCCUGGCCUUGGCUCAGCCUAUUUCUGCUGCUUACCGGGCUCCCCCUCACCUUUCCUGCCUGGUGCUCUUCCUGGUCUUUUGGCAUUUGUUACCAUGUCCUUCUCCAGGGAGAAUUCCUCCAACUUCUCACCCUAGGCCAAGUCAGGUGACCCCUCUGGGCUCCUCAGCCUCAAAGCUUCCCUCCCUCAGUCCUGGCAGGGAGCUGGUUCCAUGCCCCCUGGACUGGCACAUGUCACAGUUGACUUCGUAAAGACAGUCACAAUCAGGAAUCAUCUCAGUCUCCUGGGUCUGUCUCCUCCCUCUGGGGUGACGCUGUCUCCCACAGGUGGGGCGCAGGGCUGGUUCAUGAACCUCCUUGCAGGGAGGGAAGUAUCAGGUUAGUUCCUGGCCCUCCUGGUGCUGCUGAGGGGCUUUGCUCUCCCAUGCCUACUCGUAACCCCGGCCACUGUCUUCUCCACGCUACACCCUGGGUCCCAGACUUGUCACCUGUCCCUCAGGAUGGUCACAAUCUACCUGUCUUGUGUCCUAGACCCUCUGAUAUCUGAAUCAUCUAAUAAAGGAAGGAGACAGGGUCAUGGACAGACAGAGCCUCAGCCUGCCUGCUUCCCAUAGAGGCUCCUUUAAUAUGUGCACUUAAAUAGAAUUUUAGAUGUGUAAUUGAAAUUGUUCAUAUACACCCAUACAAUUUCAAUUAUCUUUGUCAUUUACAAUUCAAACAGCUUUACAAUGUAGAUGAGAGUACCAUGUUUGGCUACCUCAACAGACUUACACGGUUUUUUCGUUUUAAUUAAUUAAUUAAUUUGGCCGCAUUGGGCCUUUCUUGCUGUGCGCAGGCUUUCUCUAGUUGUGGUGAGUGGGGGCUACUCUUCGUUGUGGUGCACAGGCUUCUCAUCGUGGUGGCUUCUCUUGUUGCGGAGCAUGGGCUGUAGGCACAUGGGCUUCAGUAGUUGUGGCUCAUGGGCUCUAGAGCGCAGGCUCAGUAGUUGAGUGCACGGGCUUAGUUGCUCCGUGGCAUGUGGGAUCUUCCCUGACUAGGGCUCGAACCUGUGUCCCCUGCAUUGGCAGGUGGAUUCUAAACCACUGCACCACCAGGGAAGUCCGACUUCCACAUUUUAAAUAACAACUUUUGUUUCACCUAUAAAAACAUAGGGUCCUGUAAACAUUGCUGGUAAUUCUACUGGGACUUGGUGGCUCUCACCCCCCGGUGGGCUGUCCUUCACCGUGAGGUAAGGUUGGCACAGGCACAAGAGGCCACAAAGGUAGAUGUCUUUGGGGGCCAGGUAGGGAUGCAGGGAGCCCGAGGGUCUCUGCCCAGCCCCACUCGAGCCCACAUGUAUCACCAGGUGACCUGAUCAAGAGAAGUGCAGAUUCACACAUGGAGCGUGAAGUUGCUUGACUUGGAGGCAACCCAUUUAAAAAUAAUUUUAAGCCUCCGUGACGAUGUAACGUUUUUAGGGUGGAGCCUGGGGAAGGCUCCUACAGGUGUGUGUGUUUGGGGGGGGUGUUCAGACCUCCAUCUAAAUAUUGGCUAAGAAGCAGAAGACCGCAGCAGCGCCCGAAAGCUGCAGGAGACCGGAAACCUCGGCCAGUGUGGCUGGGG